AUGAAUCUCUUAAGUUGGAACUGCCGUGGGCUGGGAAACUCAUUGGCAGUUCAGUUCUUGGCGGGCUUGGUUUAUCAAAAACGGCCCAACAUCUUAUUUCUGUGUGAGACUUGGAGUGAUACGAGACGGCUUGAGAGGGUGAGGGUGAAAUUAAAAUACGACAACUGUUUUGUCGUCGAUUCCAGUGGUAGAGGUGGGGGUUUGGCUCUUCUGUGGAGUGCGGGGGUUGAUGUGGAGGUAAGGGGAUAUUCGAAUCACUAUAUUGAUACUAUUGUUACGAGUGGUGGGGACGAUUCGCGUUGGAGAUUCACGGGCUUCUAUGGCUCUCCGGAAAGGGGUCAGCGGCGGGAAUCUUGGGGUUUACUCAGGUACCUGUCUACUCUCAAUAAUCUUCCUUGGGCCCUUAUGGGGGAUUUUAAUGACUUAUUAUGGGAUUGGGAAAAGGAGGGGCGAGUGCCACAGCCUAGGUGGUUGUUGAGGGGAUUUGGGGAGGCAGUGCGUGAGAGCGGCUUGUCCAACUUUGGUUUCGGGGGUUGCCAAUUUACUUGGGAAAAGGGGAGAGGGACUUGCAGGUGGGUGAGGGAGAAGUUGGAUCGUGUUUUAGUCUCUGGGGAAUGGCGCGAUCUAUUUCCGCGGGCGCAGGCAUGGUCUUUGGAGGGUACAACGAGUGAUCACUUGCCGCUGUUUUUAUCGCUUGAUACUGGGGAGAGGACACAUUAUACUCGACGCCCAAGGUUUGAAAAUAGUUGGGGGAGAUAUCCGGAUUGUAAAGGGGUGGUGCAGAGAGAAUGGGAGAGGCUUCAAGGGUGCCCUAUGGGAGAUAGAUUACGGGUGUGUGGAAGGGGUGUGUGGAAUUGGGGGAGAAGGCAGAAUCGGGGAGAGAAUGAGGCUAUGAGGCUCUGUUUAGGGGAGAUGGAGAGAUUGCGGGGUCGAAGGGAUGGGGAAGGUUUAAGGCUGUUCGGGGACUGUCAGCGUCGAUACUUGUCUAUGCUUCGGGAUAAAAGUGAUCGGCUUGGGCAGAGGGCUAAGGAGUUGUGGUAUAAAGGGGGGGAUACCAAUUCAAAGUUUUUUCACAAUUCAAUGAAUACAAGGAGGAGAAGGAACCGGAUUACUGCUUUGCGUAAUUCGGCUGGGGAGAUUACAAAUGAUGCACACAUGAUGGGGGGAAUUAUGGUCGAAUAUUUUUCAAAUCUUUUCACUUCUGCCGAAGGUGAUGUGCGGCCUGUGUUAGAUUGCCUGAGCACCCGUAUUGAUGAACAACAGAAUGCUGCCCUGCUAAGUGAUGUCACGGCAGAGGAAGUAAAAGGCGCCUUAUUUGCAAUGCAUCCGGACAAAUCACCGGGCCCUGAUGGUCUUUCUCCAGCGUUUUUCCAGAUGCACUGGUCUAUUCUGGGACCUGAGGUAGUUUCUUUUGUCCAUCUUUUUAUGGUUACGGGUCGUUUGCCGGAACAUGUGAAUGACACCCAUAUUGUCUUGAUCCCAAAGUGUAAAUCCCCCGUAGAGAUGUCUGAGUUUCGCCCCAUUGCUUUGUGUAAUGUUGUGUACCGAAUACUUGCAAAGGUCCUUGCUACUAGGUUGCGUGUGUUGCUAGAUUCAAUUAUAUCACCUGCUCAAAGUGCUUUCAUUCCGGGUCGGUCAAUUGUCGAUAAUGUGCUUAUUGCUUUCGAGUCAGCCCACUGUUUGAAACGCCAACCUGGGGAAAGGGGUGGGUAUGGGGCUUUGAAGGUUGACAUGAGUAAAGCUUAUGAUCGAGUGGAGUGGGGGUUUCUGUGUCAAGUCCUGGUAAAGAUGGGGUUUAGUGAUCGUUGGGUGGGGUUGGUGAGGGAGUGCGUGACGACAGUGCGUUAUUCUGUCUUGGUGGAGGGGAAGGAAUGGGGACCAGUGGUGCCGGGGAGGGGUCUUAGGCAAGGGGAUCCGUUAUCCCCUUAUCUUUUUAUUUUAGUAGCAGAAGUUCUGAGUACCAUGUUGCAAGUUCGGGAGGAGGAGGGUUUGAUACACGGGUUAAGGGUAGCAAGGGGUGCUCCGUCUAUUUCUCACCUUUUUUUCGCAGAUGAUUGCCUAUUCCUUUUUCGGGCAAACAAUUUUGAGGCAGAGGUUCUAAAUGAUGUCUUAAAAGAUUAUGGGAGAGCUAGUGGCCAGGAAGUGAAUUUAAGGAAAACGUCAAUUGUGUUUGGCCGAAAUGUACAUUGGGAGGAUAAGGAGGCUGUUUGUGGGACUCUGGGAAUCUGUGAACAGCAGGGUCGGGGGAAGUAUUUGGGGUUGCCGGGGUAUGUGGGGAGGAAGAAGAGAGAGAUUCUGGGCUUUAUCCGGGAUAGGCUGCGAGAUCGGGUGAUGAAUUGGGGUAAUCGGCUCUUAUCUCGGGGUGGUAGAGAGGUCUUGCUGAAAACUGUCCUACAAAGUAUCCCUAACUAUGCUAUGAACGUGUUUCUCCUUCCUCUGGGCCUGAGUGGUGAGAUAGAAAGGAUUAUGAAUUCUUUUUGGUGGGGUUGUGAGAGAAGGGAACGAGGGGGAAUAAGGUGGAGUAGGUGGAGUGAUUUAUGUAUGCCUAAGAAGUUUGGGGGGAUGGGGUUUCGAAGAGCGCGUGAGAUGAAUCUUGCUAUGUUGGGCAAGCAAGGGUGGAAAUUUCUUACAAAUUCUGAUGCUUUGGUCACAAAGGUUUUCAAAGCAAGGUAUUUUCAAAAAUGCUCUUUUCUUGAAGCAGGGAGAGGGACCAAUCCAUCGUUUGUGUGGACAAGUAUACGGGAAACUCAGUCUUUAAUUAGGAAGGGGACUAGAUGGAGAAUUGGCAAUGGGAAUUUGGCUAGAAUUUGGGGGGAUCCGUGGCUACCGGAUGAGACGAAUCCAUAUGUUGACACUCCGGCACAAGAAUACUUGGGAAAUCCUAGUGUGAGUUCUCUGUUAUGUGUGAACUCAAGGGAGUGGGAUAUGGGGGUUUUGAGGGAUAUUCUGUGUGACCGGGAUGUAGAUCGUAUUCUGAGACUACCUGCUCCGCCCGGGGGGGUUUGUGACUCGUUAUAUUGGCAUAAGGAACUCAACGGUAUGUUUUCGGUUAAGAGUGCAUAUAGGUUGGCGGUGGGUGAGGUGAAUCAUGGGGAAGGGGUCGUGUGGAGGGGCCUUUGGUACUUAAGAAUUCCACCAAAAGUUAAGUGUUUCUUCUGGAGGCUGUGUACCUUGCGUCUCCCAACGAAGGAUGUCUUAAUGACUAAACGCAUUCAGUGUGAUCCGGUCUGUGUGUUAUGUGGAAAGGCAAACGAGUGUGUUGCUCAUCUUUUUGCGAAUUGUGAAUAUGCACAUAAUUGCUGGCUCCAUUUAAAUGCUGACUGGGAAAUGGGUUAUGUGGAUUCUCUAAAUGCAUGGCUAUAUGAGAUGUGGGCUGUUUUACCAAAUAAAAUUCUUGAACAGGUUGUGAUGGUGGCUUGGGCUAUAUGGGAGGCGCGAAAUUCUCUGCUGUGGAAGCAAACUGUUUCGGAUCCAAAAAUUCUGGUGCAUCAUGCGCUGCUUUAUGCAGAAAAUUGGAGAAAUAGCCGAGGCUUGGGAGAGUCAACUACACAUUCUGUUAGGCCAAAUCGAAAUGGGGCACAAUCACCCAAUCUUGUCUCGGGUGAGGUGAGAGUGAAAAUAGAUGUAUCUAUGGAUCAUGCAAAUCAACGUAUGGGCUUUGGAUGGGGUGUGCUGGAUGAGGAGGAUAAGGUUCUUGGGGUGACUAUGUUUACCAAGAGGGGCUUGUAUAUGGUUAGAGAGGCUGAAGCAAUGGGAGCUCGGGAAGCGUUAAGCUGGAUAAAGCACAACGGGUGGAGGAGGGUCUCGCUAGAAACCGAUGCCCAAAUGGUGACGAAUGCGGUUACGGGAGGAGUUAAUAUUUCACCCUUCGGAUCCAUUGUUGAAGAAAUCCGUGAGCUGCUACGGCAAAUGCCUGGGGUUAAAUUUCGCUAUGUGCAUAGAAAUUAUAAUACAUUUGCUCAUAAUUUAGCCAAAAAAGCGUUAUCUUACAUAGGGGAUGAUAGACUUGAGUUUUUUGAUCGUAUCCCGCGGUACUUAGUUGUCGUAGGCCUUGUGACCAAUGGACUUGGCACUGGGAUCAGAAAGGGGCGUAUUCUGUCAAGUCCUGCUACAGGCGGAUUACCAUGGUUGCUUCUGAUGAUUGGCCUUGGUCAAGUAUAUGGAGUAUUUAUGUUCCCCCCAAGAUUGGCUGCCGAAUCUGCUAUCCAUCUUUUUGUCAAUUGCACCGAAGCCAAACGGGUUUGGAAUCUUUUAGGUGUGCCACAUUUAAAUGCCUAUGCAGGAAUGAUAGUGUCUGGAAGGGUGUUGCGCAUAAUUCGGCCCUGGUGGUGUAGCGUGCCCUUGAUUUUCUGGAAGGGUGGCGUGGGGCGAAUCAGGGAGAGGGACGGAUGGGGUUGGGGUGGGUGUUACGCGAUGAUUGUGGGGGGGUUCAUGGCGGCCAAGAAUGUGCUUGUAACAGGAAAUUACUUGGUUAAGGAAGCUGAGGCCUUGUGCAUUCGGGAGGCUCUUAGUUGUCUCAAGGAAACGGGACUAGGGAGCGUGGAUGUGAAAAUGGACUCGCAAAUUGUGUUCAAUGCUAUACGUUCCGUGUCUUUUAAUUCUGCAUUUGGUUAUUUAGUGGAUGAUGUAAAGGAUUUAGCAUCCGUGAUUGAGGAUAUUGAAUUCAAUUUUGUUAAGCGAUCUGCGAAUCGUGCCGCUCACUUUGUUGCUAGGGAGGCCUUUUCUUUGUCAGGUUGCGGGGAGUGGCUGGACUCCCCCCAUCUUUUCUUGUAA